AUGGGGCCUGGUCCCGAAAAGCCAAGACAAGACCAUAGACAGGGCAGCCUGAGCUGAUCACCCCCCCCCCAUCUCAUCCAAGUCCAAUCCACAGACUCCCGGGGUGCCCUGGCUCCCCUGACAUUGCCUGCUCCCUAGAAUCCCUCCUCACAUUCUUGGGCCUCCUGGAGUGGGCCUUGCCCCUGUCGUCUCAGCUGGCUCCUGGCUCUGCAGCAUAUCUUGGUCCUGGCUUCUCUGCCCUGUGCCUCCCACCUGCUCCUGCUUCGCAGUCUCCCUCCUGGAGAACUCCCCUACUCCCCUUCUCAGCUCCUGGCCUCCAGCUUCUUUUCAUGUGGGGUGUUGACCAUUCUGCAAGCUUGGCUGGACAGUAGGCUCCCUCUUAUCCAGGCUCUAUCCUUAGAGUUCCUUAUCCCUGCUCUGUUGCUGACCAGACAGAAGCUACCUCUGGUCAUCCAGACACGUGGAAACUGUGAGCACAGAGCAAGGACAAGGGGUGUCGGGGCAGUGGCGCUAUCUGGGCUGCUGUAGGGUGCACUGGGGCUGCUGGGUGUGGGGCAUCCUGGCUGCACGUUCCCCCACUGUGGACCCCUGGUGCCGGCCCCCAGCCUGGUUGUGGCGGGGCGCUCUGCCCACAGGGAGUUGGCUCAGUUCUGCUCUGCUCACUGGGAACUGGCCUUGCUGGGAGUCCUGAGGGGUGUGAGUUCACUGGGGUGUGCGGGACUGGGGGUGGUGGUGGGCAGAGCUGCUGGCCAUGUCAGAUCCAGCAGUGACCUGAACAGGGGUACCCCCAUGCCCCUGGAGGCCAGCUUCAACCCCUUCAACUCACACCCCUGCUCUCUGGCUCCUCUAGGAAGAUGUCUACGCCCUUGGCGGCACCCUGGUUUUGACUGUCUCACCCAGGCUGGAUCUCGGCGAGUGGCCCUCGUGGGGCUGCUCUGCGUGGGGCUCAGGUUCUCCCCAGGGCUGGCCCAGCUCCUCCCCACCAUUCACCAUGAGUGGAUGCGAGCCAGGUGGAGUGUGGUGCCGCCUGCUGGAUUCUCCAGCUUCUCCCUGGCUGACACUGACGCCGGGAGUAACAGCUUCAUUGUGGGCUUUGCCAUCUUCAUGGCUCUGCUGCUGCCAAGAUGGCUUCAGGAACCUGUGUUCCUGCAUCCCCAGCCCCUCCACUGCCUGAAGACCUCAGGGCCUCGGGCCUGCUCCGAGAAGGGCGGGAGCUGUUCCGGCAGCUGA